CAAACUUUACUAAAUCUGAAUUGCUUCACUGCUCAGAUUGAAGGUUUUGCGAGAAUAUCAGAGAGGAUUAACUUGAAAUGGGAAAAGCACAACGGAAUCUGCCUUAUACUGAAUCAUGCUGUUUGAUACCAUCCAGCUCAGUACUGAUGGACUACCAUUGGCUCUCCAGGCUUCCAGGUAAUAGUCUCUUCCAGAGAUUGAAUGUUGGACCUUUGCAUGCAAAGUAUGUGCCCUAUCACUGAGCUACAGUCCUGUUUUAAAAGUAUCUUUAAAAAUUGUUCACUAAUCUCUUGGAUGAAACUUUUUCAGUUUUAAAUCCAGUCAGAAGGGUCUUUUUUGACUGGGGAUAAUUUCUUCCGGAUAAGGAAGAAACGUGAGAUUUCCCACACAGCUUUGUUGUGAUUGUUGGAGACUGGAAUUCGUCAGAAUUGUCUGUGAAAGAAGGUCUUCCAGCAGCUCGGAUGGAGCGAGGAUUUAUAGCUGGCUCAGCUGAAAAAGUGACCCUUUUUUUUAAAAGAAAACGGUUUAACAGGCAAGCAUCCUCCUGUCUACGCUUUUUUACUUUCUUAUCUACACAGCUAAAGAGAUUUGUCAGAGAAUCAGCAAUUAAGAAAACCUGGGUGAGCCAAAACUUUCCUUCUUUUUUACUCACGGAACUAAGGGGGAAGAAAAUAAAAAUAGCCUAUCUUUUUUUUAUUGCAAAAAGCUGACAUGGAAAAUAGCAUUAUAAAGAUUACAACGGAUGAGGGUUUUCUUUUUGACUUAUAAGACUUUGGUGUAAUAUAUGUCUGGGACUAUUUUUUCUGAUCUAUUUUUUUUUUGACGAAUCUGCUCAUUUUUUCUGCUACUAGUUUUUUGGACGCUGUGAACUAAAGCUGUUUUUGCACUUCUGGGCAUAUAAGAGAUAAGGGCUGUUUAGAGUGUGACGCCAGUUGGUUUGAAAGAUUAACUCCUUUGUAACUGGAUAAAGAAAUAAACUGCUCUUUACUUGGGACAUUGAAAAUUGAAGGAGUUUUGUUUCUUUGGCUUUAAGAAUGACAAUUAAGAAGAUCAUGGAUGUACAAGAAGGGACUUUAUCUUUAGACAUGUUUCAGAAAAUAAUGAAUGGGAUUAACUCAAUAAAACAAGAACUGAGAAAUAAUAGUCAAGCGUGGAGAAUUGAAUUUAACGAAAUGAGACAGGAGCUGAUAGAAAUUCAGGAUUCUAUGGGAAAGGAGAAUAAAGAUGGAUCUGGAAAACCAAAAAAGGAUGAAAGAGAAAUUAAAGGCAUGGUUCAAAUUAUGGAGAUUGGAUUAAAUAUGGAUAUGGAAAAAGAUUUGGAUUUCCUGGCUGUGAGGGAUUCUGGAGACAAAUAUGGUUUGGAACUCAGCGCUGUCACUGAAGGAAUUGAAGAGAUUGGAGAUAAAGAUAUUAUCAGUUCAAAAAAAUUCCUGGACUGGAAGGAUUUGAUGGAACUUGAAAUGGAGAAAGCUAACAGAAUUAAUCCCUGUUUUGUGUCAAUGGAAAAAUCUUCAAGAGAUGCGCUAGUGUAUCAUUUAAAAAAGAGGAACAGAGAUGCGGUUUUGCAACAAUACUUCAGUGAUAUGUUCGGAACUGAUGGCAAGAAAAUAUCUGUGAAAAAGGAAAUUCCUAUCAGACUCUUAUUAUAUGACUAUGACAGCAAGAUUAUUGGGCGCGUAAAGAUGGAAGAUGGAACCAAUAUGGAUAAUGGAAGAAGAGCGAUUUGAAAUUACUGGACUUAGUAGACUUGAUGAGUUGGAUUAAUUGACAUGUUUAUCUAGAGAAAAAAUUGAUGGACAUAUAUCUCAAGGAUUGGAAACUUCUCUUUGACUUUUUGUGGAAGAAUAAAAUGAUAUGAUGUUAAUGAGAUUUGUAACCAAUUAAGAUAACCGCUGGAGGAAGGUGAUUUUAUAAUCUAUAAGUUACAGGCUUGUUAUAUAUUAUAGACUUAUAGCUGAACUACGACAAAUCGGAAGUCAAUUUUUUUAUAUAUUUUUUCUU